CUGAGGAGCCCAAACUUUCCAGUAGCACCAUCGGCGGCUGCUGCACCAAGGUUACCGGCACAGAACAAAGAACUCUCUUCCUCAGACUACCUUUGCUACUGAGCAAACAAAUCUGUGUAUUUCUUUUUUUUUUAUCUUCUUUUUUGGUGCACCUCUUUUUGCAUUUCCAGUCCAAAGGCCCUCUGGUGAGAGAAAAAAAAAACAAAGACAAGAAAAUGAUGAGUCUGCUAUGCACCGCAUUGCUUUCCCUCAGUCUGGCCAGCAGUGUGUACGGUGAUGUAGUCAACAGCACUGCUCAUCCAAUCACAGAGAGUGGACCUCCGCCGGACAUGGACACCGGGACGAGGGUGCUUGCCGUCCCUGGCGGCAACGUCACUCUGCCCUGCCAGCUCCACCGGCUGAUGGGCAUGGCCUUUGGCAGCACGGGCAUGAGGGUGAAGUGGACCAAGCUGUCGGCCGACGAGAGCCAGGAGGAGGACGUGCUGGUGUCCAUGGGCUUCCACAAGAAGAGCUACGGCAGCUACAACGGGCGCAUCCGCCUGCAGGAGGCCGACCAGGAUGACGCCUCGCUGGUCAUCGAAGAUGUCUCCCGGGACGAUACGGGGAAGUACCGCUGCGAGGUCAUCGACGGCAUGGACGACACCGUUCAGGAUGUGAUCUUGGAGGUGCCAGGCCAAACCGAUGGUGUGGUGUUCCCCUACUCUCCUCGCCUGGGCCGCUACAACCUCAACUUCCACGACGCCGAGCAGGCCUGUCAGAGGCAGGAUGCCGUGGUGGCCAACUUCGACCAGCUCUACGAGGCCUGGAGGAGCGGCCUGGACUGGUGCAACGCCGGCUGGCUGAACGACGGCUCCGUCCAGUACCCCAUCACCAACCCCAGAGAACCCUGCGGAGGCACAAACUCCGGGGCCGGCCUCAGGAACUACGGCCAGCGCGACAAGUCCAAGAGCCGCUACGAUGUCUUCUGUUUCACCUCAGCUCUUAACGGUCAUUUUUAUUGGUUGGUCCAACCCUUGAGGCUGUCCUUUGAUGAGGCCGUGCAGGCAUGCCAUGACGACGGCGCCGAGAUCGCCAAAGUGGGUCACAUGUACGCCGCGUGGAAGCUGCACGGUUACGACCGCUGCGACUCCGGCUGGCUCGCCGACGGAAGCGUCCGCUACCCCAUCUCCAGACCCCGGAAGAACUGCAGUCCCACGGAGGCCGCCGUGCGUUUCGUGGGCUUCCCCGACAAGAAGCAGAAGCUCUACGGCGUGUACUGCUUCAAACCCCAGCAGUGAGGGCGAGAGGCUCAGCAUCGGGCCGACGCGACCACCAAAGAGAAACCACAGUAAACAACAACAGCAAUAAAAGACAGCUACAUGUCAGGACUUAACUCGCAUGAACUAAGCAUGAGCUCAUUACCUUACCAAAACUGUGAUAACCUUUUUUUUUUUUAUUAUUCUUACAAAAGAAUGAAUACUGUAAAAGCUCAUUUUCAUACUGCAAUGAUCCUCGUAUAUUUUGUAACUUUUCACCAUUCUCUGUAGUAGUCUGUCAAUGUUACACACAGUCCAUACAAAACACUGCACUUUGGUCAAACUUUGUGACAGAGACAGAAACGGGAUGAUUGUGAAACAGCAUCCGAGUUUGUUUUGUCUUCCAUAUAUAGAUUUGUGAAAGGGAGUGAACAUCUAGAGCCGGUGUCCUCCUGUCCAUAAGCUAAUAGAUAACAUUUGAAGUAAAAAAAAUAAGGCAGUAACAUGCCAUUAUUCAUAUAAGAUUAACACUUACACAGUUAAGUAAACACAAAACUCUCAUAUUGUGUCUCUCACAAAGCAGUGUCAAAUAGGCUGACAAUGCUGCACAUAAAAUACAAAUAACUGGGUAAAGGUGUGUUCAACAUGAGUUUUGGAAAGUUAAGAAAGGUUCUGGCUUGGGAAACCAACUCAGAGAAUGCCACUCUGUUCCUCCUCUACUUGUAACCCUGAAGAGUCCUGUACCACCGCAUGAGCUAGGAUUCAAUCUCUCCAAGUUUCAGUUCAAAGCAAGGUGAAAUGAAUGUCUGUGUCCAGGACUGUUACCAAUCAUCCAUGGAUAACUCGGAUGAGGGGAAAAUCAGGUUUCACACAUCAUUUAACAAGUGUAACCCUUAGUGUUGCUUUUUUUUUAACAAACAGUUUGUAUUUUCUAAUGUGUGUAUGUGUCAUUUGUUCUCCUUUGUCUCGUUUGUCAUGGCAUAUUGUAUUUUUACUCUUUUUAAAUGUCUGUGUUACUGUUUCUCUUGCAGAUACCAUAUCAUCCCUCACAUUAGCUUGUAUGUACAGUGUGUGAUAAAUGACGGCCUCAGAUAUAAAUUUUUGGUAAUGUUUUUCAUGUCGUACAUACUUAUUCUCCUCAAACCCAACAUCAUCCCCAGACUCGUAUCCACAGCCAAGAGUAUAUUACGGUUGCAUCAGAAUUGAAUUUCAUCCUUGCUCGCCGUGAGGUAAUCUGACACUUGCAAUUGGCAGCGGUAGCAGCUGUAUGUGUGUCACACUGGAAUGGUAGCCAACUAAAGAUCAACACCAAUCCAAACUGCUGCUGACACAGAGUACAGUCGAUCCCACAGAGUUGCUUAGGUUACGAGUCGCAAACACAAGGCACACAACACCCUCACAGACAUACAGUAAUGGUUUCAAGAUGACCAUUUUGUUAGUGACCCAACACAAUUUGGGGGAUCCUUCUAAGCACCUUUGAUGGACUCUAAAAAAGGGAAACUCAACUAAUAUUCUGUUCAGUCUUUGAUAUGGUUUAACUUCAUGUAACAAUUCAUUAAAUGCAGCGCUUGCCAUAGCCAUACAUUCAGCAGAACAGAAUAAGGCUUAUGAGGGGAUAUCACACGGCCAAAUGUUCUAAAUGAUUCGGAUCCUUAGAGGCCCAAUUUCUAAACUAGGGAUCAAUGGGCAGUAGCUAGUGGGAGCGUGAAGCUCAAAGUAACUGUGAGAAAGAUAGAAAUUCAACUAGAACAGCUUCUCUGCAUCUCAAUUGUGCUAGAUCACUGAGGGAGUAACCAACUAAGUAAGCCAAAACCACAAGCCAAUAAUGAUCUAUACAGUGGAUAAUAUAACUGAAGAACUGAAUGUGUUUGUCUUGCUUUUCCUUUUUUUUGUUUUGCAUUCAACCCUCUCUCUCUUUGUCACGUCUGGUAACUACAGUAUAGUGUAAAGGUUGCUUGCAGCUGAAUUGGUUGAAUCUGGUUUCACGGAAACGAAAAGUGAGCUAAUAAACAUUGCAGAGUUGUCCCA